UUGCUUCGCCUAACAGCACAACGAUCGACAGCGUCGUAAUAUUUACUUUAAAAAAAAAGAAAAAAGAAAAGAAAAGAAAGCAUGACAGGCCUCGAAGUAGGGGUUUUCGUGUCUCUCCUUAUCUCGACAGUGAGCGCUUCCGUCACGGAAAAGAUACUGAUAACGCCGCUGUUCGAAAUAGGAGAACUAUGGAUAAACGCCAGUUCGAUGCUGUUCGGACGUGUAACCACGUUGUUGACGUCGGUGCCGAAUCCUUACAACGUGACGACGUACGUCGGGGUUGUAAUAGCAUGCCUUGUGAUUUAUUAUGGCUACGUUCUGUUUUUCGUGCCCCUAAACAGGGUGCGGAAGUUGGGGGACAUCGGCUACGUGAACGAGGGCAGCUGGAACAAACGAGAGAUCGCCAACAUGGUGCGGCAACGGCGUAAAGUUGGCGCCAUACCCCCCGUCUACCCCAACGGAUGGUUUCCGGUAAUGGAAGCGUUUACGUUGAAAACGGGAGAAGUGAAAAAUGUCAGCAUUUUAGGUCUGGCGCUGGCGGUGUUCCGAGACGAGAAGGGUUUCGCCCACGCUCUGGACGCGUAUUGCCCUCACAUGGGCGCCAACAUGGCGGCCGGAGGUCGUGUGUGUGGAGAUUCUCUGGAAUGUCCUUUCCAUGCGUGGAAGUUCCGCGGCGAGGACGGAAAGUGCACGAGUAUCCCGUACGCUGAGAAGAUUCCAGACAUUGCAAAAGUUAAAUCUUGGCCUAUCCUGGAACGGAAUAGAUGGUUGUACCUCUGGUUUCACGCGGAGGGGGUGGAACCUUUUUGGAUGCCCCCUGAAAUAGAGGAGAUCACCAGAGGGGAGUGGACGUACAGGGGGCGCAGCGAACAUAUCAUCAACGCUCAUAUAGAGGAGAUCCCGGAGAACGGCGCGGACGUGGUCCACCUGUCGCAGGUACACGGGCCGGUCAUAGGGGCGGGUAUUGACCUGCGCUACAUGUGGAGCGAGUUGUGGGCGUUCGCUAGACACAGCUGGGACGCCAAGUGGGAGGCCGCCCCGCCCCCAGACGGCCACAUCGGCAAGAUCACCCUCAAACACAGCAUGUCCCUGUUCGGCAAGCGAUUCCCGCCUAUUGAUCUCACCGUGCAUGGGCAACAGAUCGGACCCGGCAUCGUGUAUUUGCGGUUUACUAGCUGGUUCGGCAAUGGAGUGUACAUUCAAAGCUUAACGCCUAUCGAGCCCAUGGUUCAGAAACUGGUACAUAAUAUCUACGUCACGAAAUACAUGCCUAUGUGUGUGGCGAAAUUCUUAAUGCUGGGAGAAGCUAUUCAGGUUGAACGUGACGUGAUGAUUUGGAACAACAAACAGUACUGUGCUAAGCCCGUGUUAGUGAAGUCUAAAGAAGACAGUCUGAUCGCCCGCCACAGACGGUGGUACUCUCAGUUCUACUCUGAAAACAGCCCUCAGCUCACCUUCAAACAGGAAACUCUGGAGUGGUGAAGUGUCACGAACGACCAGCCUUGUUAUCAGUGCAUCUUCCACACUCGGCAGUAUCUCAUCUAGGUCUGUUCCCUAACUUCUGUUUGACUGGGCCCCGUUUUACGAAGCGAUCGUAGCGCUAUGAUCACUUUAAAUACAUAAGAUAGCUAUGCUCUUAAGGUGAUCUUAGUACUACGAUCGUUUUUGCAAAAUGGGACCCAGUUAUGUUGUUCCAGUAAAAACCAGACCUCACCAUCGCUCUCCUGAAACAAGUUCAAGGAGAGUUAUUUUUAGAUUCCCUUAAUAAGUGAAUUUGUAUACCCGGUAGUAUGAAUUGGGUGACCUUAAAUGGUUUCCUCUAAUCUA